CAAUUUUCCGAUUUUAUGUUGGCAGCAAUUUGUCCUUAUGUGAACACAGGCAAAAUACCGUUAAUAAAAAACAAGGUGGAAUAUAAUAAAUUGUUUGGAUGUCUUUGCCCCUCUUUUACGGGACGAUUAGCCAUUUUGUUGGCUGUGUAGCCGGUUUUCUUUCUAAUUUGAAACCACUUGUAAAUAUUAGCAUUAUUUGAGAUCUGCAGUUGUAGAUUUAAAGGUUUUAAUAUAAAUAUAACGUAAGGUGAGUUGGAAAAUCCAGCGAUUUCAAUAUUUGCAUUAUGGUGAUCUAAUUACUUUGUCUACGUUUUGCUGUCAGCUCUUCUUCAGGAUGUCAACCAAAAGGAAGCGUGCUCCUGGCAAGAAACCAGUCAACAAAAAGGGCAAAAGGCACGAAGACAGUGAGGUAGACUCUGAUUUGAGUGAUAACAGUGAUAAUGAGAAUACCACCCAGCCUGAUGAAGUCCUUAUAGCUGGACAUGGGGAUGUUAUGGACGAGGCCACGCCACUUCCAAAAGAGCUGCUCAAUUCGAUGAUAAAGCCUGCUGGGCAAUUGGUUUUUUUUGGAAAUGUGAAUUGGGACACAAUGGGGAAACGAGAAGUGAAGGGGCAGAAAGUACAUCCUAAUGUCCAUGUGCCUCAUCGUUUUACUGAUCUAAGGAUUCGCUAUGUAGCCAGCGGCUGCGUAUCCGUCCACAACGUGGUUGUGAAUGAACAAGGCCAAGCGAUGACGUUCGGUCGUAACACGUCCGGUCAACUAGGCCUGGACAACACUGAAUCGAAGACAACCCCCACAUUGGUCCCGGCUCUUGCAAAUAUGAACAUUAUAGGCGCGGCGUGUGGUCGCAACCACACGCUGUUCCUCACGGAUACGGGUACCGUCUACGCGUGUGGUGACAACAGGUCGGGACAGUGCGGUGUUGGAAAUCUGCAGCCGCAGAUACUCACGCCGACUAGGAUCAACUAUCGGGGACCUCCUAUUAUCAAGGUGGGUUGCGGUGCGGAAUUCUCCGUGAUCCUCGACGUCAAGGGCGGUCUUCAUUCCUUCGGCCUGCCCGAGUACGGCCAAUUGGGUCACAACACGGACGGCAAAUACUUCAAGACUAGCACCAAGCUAUGCUUCAACUACCAGACCAGCCCGAAACGCAUCGUGCUGUACAUCGAGAAGACCAAGGACGGUCACGUGGCGCCAGUUGACGUGCAGCAGAUCGUCGAUUUUAGUUGUGGCCAGAACCACACGGUGGCUAUCGAUAGCAAGAAGAGGGCAUUCUCGUGGGGUUUCGGCGGGUUUGGGAGAUUGGGACAUGCGGAACAGAAGGAUGAAAUGGUUCCUCGGUUGAUAAAGUACUUCGAUAGCCAAUCCCGCGGCGUGCGCAGUGUCCAUUGCGGCUCCACCUACUCCUUGGCCAUCACCGAACACAACGGGCUGUUCAUGUUCGGCCAAACGCGCAAAACGGGCGAGGCCAACAUGUACCCGAAGCCUAUCCACGAUCUGGCCGGUUGGGUUAUUAAAUAUGUGGGAACAGCCCAGACAUCCAUUGUGGUGGCAGCUGAUGAGACGGUGAUUUCGUGGGGUGGAUCUCCGUGCUAUGGGGAGCUGGGCUAUGGGGAGAUGCAGAAGAGCAGCACUGUACCUAAGGAGGUGACCAAGCUGUCAGGAUACAAGAUACUCGGACUGACCAUGGGAUUGUGUUUCACCCUUAUGAUAGCAGCAAAUGACACGGAUGAUCAGAAAGAGAAGGUCGCGAAGUUGCCAGAGUACAAGCCGGCUGUUUAGAUUUGUAAGUCAUUUUAUGCAGGGUGAACCAUUCUAAGCAGCUGUCUGAAAUAGGGCUUUCUUAAACGUAAUAAUUUAUGCACUUUUUUAUCCUAGUAACAAAAUGAAGUUGUACACAUUCAGGUAAUUGAUAAGAGUUAUUUCUUAGGGUGGUCUACGCUGUGUAUUUUCUAAUUCUUCUUUCAUUGGAAUGCAAUCGCAGAUUUUACAUUUUUUUGUUAUAAUGCUGGUUUAAGUGAAGCUGGGUUAUACCAGUAAAGAGUGGAGUGCAUUCAAGGAUCAAUUGAAAAUGUUGACUAACACCUCUUAGAAUGCUUUUUGCUCAACUAGUAUCAUAUACGUUCCUGACUUAUUUAUAAUUCGCAUGAAACUGUCUGAUGUAUGAUAUAAUGGAAAAUUAUAUGGUAAGGGUUGCAACAAUGAUUAACGUGUUCUCCAAGACGAUGCCCAACUCAAUGUUAUAUUUGAACAUUCAUAUCAAAUCAAUUGUCACAGCCAUAUAUUGGCAAGUAAGAUCGCAGAUAAAAACAGGCUCAUGUUUCCUUUUAAAUACAAUUGUUUGUUAUUAACCAUGACAUCAAUAUUCCAAGGAAAGGUCAUCCAUAAACCUCCUUGGUAAUUAUCCAUAAGACGGAAAAUGAAAUCUUAUAACCCGAUCAACAAACAGAGGUGGCAGGCGCCUGAAGACGGUGGCUUUAUAGGUAAUGUCCAGUUUUGAUAGCUCGGGGCGGUAUAACAAAACCUAUAAAUUGUAGGCGAGAAUUAUUUUAGCGCUUUUAGGUAAUAAUUAGUAUUAAUGGAUAUUCGUGGAUUACUGUUGUAUAUAUUAGAAGCUCGAACUAUAAAAAAUGCCUUGUGGUAUUGUCAAUUGCAACUAUGCAGCCAAACAACAAGGUUUAAGAUUUUUCAGGUAUUGAUAAUUACAUAUAAAAAUCAGCGUGGUGUCGCUUCAACUCAAAGUAUUUGAAAACGUUCACAAAACAAGUCAGCAACUUAUAAAGCUUCAUACAAACAAAAUAAACGGCGCCAAUACGGUUCACAAGGAAUAUAAGGUGUGUUUUACCAGAACGUCGGAGGUACGUGACGUCACGUGGACAUUACCUAUUGUUGUAAGUUGGCGAUGCCACCUGCCACACAGCAUGAAGCUUAUAUUCGCGCAGGCGCGGCUUUCCAUUGGGUUGGGUGACUUCUGGUGGAAUAUGUGGUUGCACAUGUACCUGUCAAAUUCUCAGACGGUUUUCCCAAUAAUAGUCAAUUAUCUAAUGGUUACUAUGUCGACAACAAAGAGGAAGAAUACACAUGUACAAAGGAUAAUAUAAAAGUUUUGCAAUACAGCUUUAUUUAUUGACUUUGUUCAGAGUAAUUUCCACUACAGAGUGAAAUUGCCACUUUGGAAUUCUCUGUAGCACCUGAUUAUAGUCGUACGAUGAGGACAAUCAUUCUUUAAUGCAAGCGUCAUUUAUUCUAAACACUGGUCUGUGCUUAAACCGUGCGUAAAUUUAUACCGUAAAUCUGUCCUCUCACUGUGACCACGAUGCCAUAGUCCGCACUUUACACUGUCAAUACGAAUGAACAACUAAAUCAGCAGACGUGCUGCUGGCGGCUACUAUGCACUCAUGGACAUGUCUAAACAGCAGCCUCCUGCGUCCGUGUGUUAAGUCAUAUUGCAAAACCUUUAUAGUACCCUUUGUAAUAAUGUCAUUGCAUUUUAAUGGAGGAAAACACUAUUUAGUAAUAAAGCUCUUUCACUUCUUCACGUCACUAAAUAUAUCGACUGGUAAGCGUGGGUGUACUGUUUUUUCCGAUUUCAUAUUCAUUCAGUCAGUAGACUAAAACAAGGCAUGUUUCAAAUACAGCUGUAGCACAUUUUAGUCCAUGAUUUGAUAGGGAGUGACAAGAUGCGGCAACAAAUAGCGCUACUAUUGACCACUCCUACAGCAUCCGGCUAGGUUUUCGAUCCCGUACAAAAUGCAUGAAAAUUGUAUUUCCCAACUUGUGGCAGCAGUUAGUGGCUUUGCUGUGGUCGCCACUUGUCACUUAAUGUACGGCCACUUUUAGGUCAGUCGUCCAGUGAUUCCGUUUUUGUCAGAAAUAUGUUCGUCGGAACUCUGACGGAAAUGCAUUAUUUCGUCAGAUUUCGCAUGAUGUGAUUCAUCCGCUAGGAAUGCGGAUUUUAACUUAGUUGGUAUGAAAUAAUUUUUGUUGCCGGUAGUUAUAAUUUUUAUUACCCUGAUCGAAUAGGGUAAUCAACGCUAUAUAGGGUUUCUUUCGUUAACUAUUAUUAUAUAUUAUUAUUAUCUUAAAAGGCAAUAUAUCAUUCACAACACAAUCUCAAUUGCUGUUCUCACAGUUUCUAGAGAAAACUUUUUGUGGCAAUAUAAAAUGAUAAAAAUCCGUUUUGUUCAGAUUUCUGACGAACAUAUUUCGGAUCCACCGGCAGAUUAUUUCUCAUUAUUUACUGCAUAUAUAAAAAUUGAUUUCAGUCAUUCUGCACGAGUUUUCACAAAUGAAAUUGUUCCAUGUUGAUGAUACUAUAUUCAUGAUUUUUUCUACUGACUGCACUUAUGGAUAUUGUAUACAAAUGUGGCAAAUAUUGUUUGUAACGGUUUGGGGUGACUGAUAUGUGUACUAAUAAAGAAGUUUGGGUCAUGAUUUUUCUAUUCAUAUUAACUAUAGACAAGUCUGCUGCCUUCCACUAUUUACUCUCUAUAUAUACGCAGAGUAUAGUUUAUAUCAUAAAAAAAUAACACUUCUUGGUAAAGUCGUGACCCGUACUUUUUUUUAUUUCUCGCGAAGUUGAAUGAUAGUUGUAACAAAUAUUUCUCAUCUGUUAUAUAAUAUGUAUGUCUAACUGCCCUGUACCCUAAACCUUAAUAUCAAUUGUCUUCUUUUGAAGACAUCUAAUUUUUAAUUCAGUAUUUUUGUUUCAGAACAUUUGGUUGGACUCCAUAUCUUUCUAGUCCUGUGAAUUCUAAGUGUUGUCCCACUUAUUGUCUCAGGUCUGGUAAUAUAUAAUUAAUUUUCAUUGACUAUUUUAUAAAAGUGAUCUACCAGACUGAUCAGUUAUUAAUGGUGUGUCAAUAGCUUUAAAUGUAUAUUUUAUUUAUUGCUAUUCUAUAGUACGCAUUAAAUUUUGUCAUUUGUGGAAGCCAAAUGUUCUUGAUAUUUAGUAUUUGUAUAAAAUAUCGUCUGUUGACACUUUUUUGUGUCUGAAUGCCUUUACACCUUCCGUGGACGUUCUGAUUCGAUUAUUUUUUUACUUAAUAGGUAGCGUUUAAAUUGUAUUUUUUCUAUUUGUUUUAGUACUCC